UUCACAGCCAUCCCUGUUUUGAGCCGCUAGUGUCUACUUUGUCUGUCUGUCUUAUCUCUUCCAUUGUCUUUUGCUUUAUGAAAUAUUUGCAUCUUUAAAUUAACUCAAUUUUGUAUCCAUUUAAUUUACACAUUUGUUUUCUAAUAUGUAUAAUAUAAUCUGUAAUAAUUCUAAUAUAAUACGUAUAGUAUGAACAUUUGUUUUUUAAUCCAUCUUCGUCAUACCUAUAGUUAUCCUGAUCAUUAGCAGAUGAUGUCUGAAGGAACAGCGAUGAGUAGCGUUCAGGAUGACACCAUAUAUUCGGCACCAGAAUAAUAGAAACGUGAAAGGUAUGGUCAUUAACAUGGAAAUAACAUGUACAGCUGCAAAGGAAAUACUUUCUGCAAUGUGAAAGGAACAGAAUGCAACAAAAGUGAUAUAGAAUAUCUCGUCGCUGAUGCUGCUGUACAAGCUUUGGUCAAUUAUAAUACUGAAACUAUUAAAGGCAUUUUAAGAGAGAUGCCUAUAAUAGCCCAUGAGGAUUAUGAUGCUCCCAAACGGAUCCGGCUCAAUACUGUGGAAAAUUGUAUUUUUCGAAUACCUGUUGUGUGUCUGCUCUCAAAAAGUGACGCUGCUGUACCAGGUCUUUUUGCUCACAUAAAGAAUAAUGCUGUCUUAAGCGAUGUUCUGCUUAAUCUGGCGGCCCGUAUGAAAGAUAACGAGUUAGUUAGAGUGCUUUUAGAAAAAGGAGCUGAUGUUAAUAGCACUAACAAACGAGGAAUGACAGCUCUGCAUAUAGCGUUCAAUAAUUCAAAUUUCAAGUUAAUUAGAUUGCUUCUAGAAAAGGGAGCUGAUGUUAACAUGACAGAUAUAAAUGGAAAAACAGCCCUGCAUUACACUUGUAUAAAAUCUUCAGCGAUCAUUUCGGAUUACGAGUUAAUUAGAUUGCUUCUAAAAAAGGGAGCUGAUGUUACCAAGACUGACAUAUAUGGAAAGACAGCUCUGCAUAUCGCUUUUGCAAUAAAACCUUCAGCAACUGUAAAGUUGUUAAUUGAAAAAUCGCCGGCAUACAUUCUUAACCUUGUUGAUGAUUAUGGGAAUAAUCCUUUCGACUAUGCUUGUGGAAGACAGAGUCCAGAAAUUCUUAAAUUUAUCUUGUCACGAAACAGUAGUGUGGUUGUAAAAGACUCCAAUCGAGGUGAAGCUCUAAUGCGUGCUGUAAGCUAUAGUGAUGCAAAAUAUGCAAUGCCAGUUGCAUCUAUGCUUUUAGAGGCUGGUGCGGAGAUUCACCAUCGGUUACUGAUAGCUGCUAUAAAAAGAGCUGGCUCGGUAUUGAAAGAUACAGCAAAUUAUCCAGCAUUUCUAGAUUUCUGUAUGCUGCUGAUAGACCGCGGAUGCGACCUCAAUGCUGUUGAUUGGGACGGGCGGACUGCUCUGCAUGCUGCAGUUGUGACAAACCAAGAAAUACUUGUUCGAAAACUUCUUAUUUCGGGAAAGGAUAUCGACAUCGAAAAACGUGACAGCCAAGGCCUCACUCCAUUACUCUAUGCAUGUCGAUAUGUAUACUGGAGAGUGGCAGAUUUACUCAUACUUUCCGGUGCUAGUUUAGAGGGCCAAAAUUGGGAAGCUGUCUUCGAAACUCAGAUAAGCUGCAAGAUAUUAAAGGACCUACGAAUAAAACUAUUUAAUUAUGUUAUUGAUAAUUCGAAGCAGUGUCUCACGUUAGAAAAUUUGUGCUAUAUAACUAUAAGAAAAAACAUCCAAAAUGUAGAAAAAGAUGCUAUUAAACUCGGAUUACCUCCAUUACUAUCAAAACACCUACGACUUAUAUACACCUCCAACUACAUGUAAUGGAAAUAUGUAAGAUGGUUUAUUGGUAUAUGCAUACAAAGGAUGUUUAUGUGCUGCAAACAUGCUACGUCAUUUCUAAUUAUAGGCAAAUUUCUUAGCUCAAAAAUUUAAUAAAGCAGGAUAAUCAUAAGUGUCAAUUUUUUCCCGUCAAAAGAGUGGAUCCUUUAAUUCAUUCAUUACAUUGAAGCAGCAUUUCCUGUUUAUUUCCACACAGUUGUUUUAAAUUUUUUGUAACACAAAUAAGCCAUAAUAAAGUUUAUGUGAACAACAGCUGUAA